GAAAAAGAAAUAAAAAAUAGGAAAAAAAAUUUAAGACUUAAGGGCCGAAGUGCCACCGCCACCCGCCGGUGCCGCAUCAGAAGCCUCGCCGUCUCCUCUCCCUGAAUCUCCGGCGCCUCCUUUCUCUGGACCAUCGUUGACCUCAACCCCAAACUCAUCAUCUUCUUCUUCUAUGGAGGCGAAGGCUAUAUGCUUUGGGCUGCAGCUGAUUCUGCAGAGUCUCUUUCUCUUGCUUCGUAGCCUCCGCAGAGUUUCUCUUUCUUCGCUCCUCAAACCUACUUCUUCAUUUUCCCUGUCUUCCAGGUCAAUUACCCACCACCCAGAGCGAAUUUUCUGUCAUUCUCAGCCUUUGGCUCCAUUCCACCGCUUAAACCCUCCAUGGAUCUUCAGAAACUUGAGCCACGGCUCCGUGAAUCUCGUGAUAUCCCAAGGGAAGACCAAGUUCGAAACCCGCGAAGUGGACCCUCCGAAGAAGGAGAAGUGGAAGACAAAGAAGAGGUUGAAGAUGCAGAGAAUGAGGGAGAAGCAGAAGAGAAAAGCCGCCAAUAAGAGGGACCCCAGGCGGCUCACGGUUAAGGGUAAGAAGAAGCAGAGGUUUGCCAAUGCUGAGGAGAGAAUCAAGUACAAGCUUGAAAAGGCCAAAAUUAAGGAAGCCUUACUUAUUGAAAGACUCGAGCGGUAUGAAGUUCCCAAACAACAGGGUCCUUCUGUUAAACCGGGUGACCUGACUGCUGAGGAACAAUUUUAUAUGAAAAAGAUGGCCCAGAAAAGGUCUAAUUAUGUACCAAUAGGCAGAAGAGGAAUUUUCGGAGGUGUUAUUCUAAAUAUGCAUAUGCAUUGGAAGAAGCAUGAAACUGUCAAGGUCAUCUGCAAGCCUUGUAAGCCUGGCCAAGUACACGAGUAUGCCAAGGAACUCGCUAGAUUGAGCGGUGGAACCCCGAUUCAGAUAAUUGGAGAUAACACCAUAAUAUUUUACCGUGGAAAGAACUAUGAGCAGCCAGAAGUUAUGUCACCAAUCGACACACUAUCCAAGAAAAGGGCAUUGGAAAAAUCGAAGUACCAGCAAUCACUUGAGUCUGUGAGGCGCUUCAUUGCCAUUGCUGAGAAGGAAUUAGAGCUCUACUGCAGGCAUGUUGCAUUGUAUGGUGACCCUAAUGAUCGGAACCCCAUUUCAGUUCUUGACAGUCCAAGAAAAACAACCAAGAACCCUAAAAAGUCUGAAACAAGCAGAGACGCUCUUGGUUCGGAUAGUGAUGAUGGCCUCUCAUCCUGUUCUGAUCACGAGCUUUCAGAGCCUGAAGAAUUUGAAGAUGAGGAAUCGCUCGGAAGUGAAUUUGAUUCUCACCACAAUAAGGAACUUUCAGGAACACAAUUUGGUUUCACUGAUCAAAAAUUUUCAGAACCUGAAGAAGAAAUUGAAGAUGAAGAUUUACCCAUAAGUGGAUUUGACCCUGAUGGCAAUAACAAUGAUUUUGUUCCGGAUGAUGAAGAAAUAGACCAUAGAUUUUCUAGCAUGCAGGAGGACUCAAUUACUGCAUUAGAUUCUUCAUUAAGGUCUGGAUGUAAAAGGGAUUGUGAAGAUUUUGCAAGGGAAAGAGUCUGAAUGAGAAAAGUUAAUUUCUUGCUAUUGUUUUUUUUAGGUAUGGACAUCAUUAUUCGUAAACUGCCUUUAUCAUUGCUGAU